GUCGAAACAGCUUCAACUGAUACCCACUGAACGAGUCCAGUAAUUCCCUUCAGCGCACUUCGACCUCUAUAACUAGCCAAUAUCCUUUAAUACCACAUUCAGGAUCCAAGCACGAUAUCGCUGAGGAGAUUCAGACGUCAUGGCUACACUCGGUGGAUAUCUCAACAAGAAAGUCCUGAUUGUUACAGCCGAUUCGCGUAUUCUUGUCGGAACUCUGGCAGCAUGCGACCAAACAACUAAUCUGGUCUUGAACAACGCCGUGGAACGAAUCAUCCGAACGCCCGACGAUCUUGAGCCUUCCGCUCAGGUACCUUUGGGUCUAUACCUCGUCCGUGGCGACAACGUAUGCUCGAUUGGUCUCGUAGAUGAGGCGCUCGACGACAGCAUCAACUGGACAGAAGUCAAGGGUUCAGCAAUCGGCGGUAUAAAACAUGUAUAGACUACACACUCGAAACAUCGGAAAGCGGUCCAUACUGCGACAUUUUCUCUCGUGUUAUUCUGUUUGGGGUACAGCAUCCACGGCUGGAGGUUCGGGAAUCUUCUUUCCUGCGGCAUCGAUAGGAU